AUGGAUUCCUUUAAGGUGUACAUUUCAGAGGAGGAGGAUUCCUUAUCUCCAUCCACCCUCCCCUCCGUCUCUCCACCUUCCUCGCCGUCGUCCCCGGGAUCAUGGCUUCGCGGUCCCCUUCUCGGCUGCGGAGCCUUUGGAAGCGUCAGCCUCGCAAUUGACGGCACAACCGGCCACCUGAUGGCCGUCAAGUCGGUGACGGCUAGCGGUGACAGCGACCGUCAGCAGUCCCGGGAGCUGCAGGCACUGGAGAACGAGCGGCAGAUCCUGCAGAAAGUGAGCUCGCCGCGGGUGAUCGAAUGCUACGGCGCGGAUUGGUCCGAAGAAAACGGCGUCAAAUCAAGGAAUCUCCUCCUGGAGCUCGCGUCAGGCGGCUCUCUGGCCGAUCUGCUGAAGAAGUUCAACAAAGGCGACGGCUUGGAUGAGAUUCUGGUGCGGAGGUUCACGCGGGGAAUCACGGAGGGGCUUCGGGAUUUGCACGCUCGCGGGAUCGUGCACUGCGACGUGAAGGGCCAGAACGUGCUACUGUUCAAGUCUGGCGUGAAGCUCUGCGAUUUCGGCGCGUCGUUUCAGCUCGACUCGCCUGGGUCGUCGCGGGAUUCGUCGGGAGCUUCUCCGCGAGAUUCGCUUCAGUCGCUGGAUGUUAACGAAGAUCGGGAAGCCCCCGGGUGUGCAAACGUUGCGGGGAAGGCGAAACUGGGGGGAACGGCGGAGCGGAAGCAGAUGAAGGGGACGAUUUGCUGGAUGGCGCCGGAGGUGGUCGCGGAGAAGGGCGCGACUCCCGCUUCUGACGUCUGGUCGCUGGGAUGCACCGUUAUCGAGAUGCUGACGGGACGUCCGCCGUGGGUUUCCAAGGAAUCCGUCACGCAGAAUCGCCAGUCUCCGAAAUCGUUCAUGUCGGUUCUGUACAAGAUUGGUUGCUCCGUCGAGGUUCCUGAUUUUCCGGCGAGGAUUUCCGCUCAGGGACGGGAUUUCUUGCUGAAAUGCCUGGAUUGCGAUCCUGACGGACGGUCGACGGCUGAGGAUCUGCUGCAGCAUCCGUUCAUUCGAGUUGCAUCAGGCGAGAGUGACGUGGUUCUGACGGAUCACUUAACGUCUGGCCGUGACACAGUGGCAGAUGCGAAGCUCGCUCAAGCAGCAACAGCCUCUGUUUCCUUAGUGGAUGAUUUCAACUUCUUCACCAACAUUCCGAGAGGUUCAGACUUCAACCAGGCCGAUGUCGACAGCUUCAACAUGCUGCCUGGUAAAGCUGCAUCUGGGACAACCAGCAGCAACACGACUCCAGUGGACCAUCCCCCCCGCCCAGCCUUCACCAUGCCUCCGCCUCUCAACCUCUCCUUUGAUUUCACCAGUGAGCCGAGUGUUGGACUCCUGACAGCACGUGGAGGAAGACCCAGCUGCUUUGAAGGUUUCUUCAGCCCCACCAGCUUUGAUCAGAGUCCAACAUCAGUGGAUGAUUCACCGAGUGCAGACACCACUGGCGCUGUGGACCAUGCUGCAUUCAAACUAUUCGACGAUGCAUUUGCUUCUUCUUUCCUCUCGGGAACACCCUCUUCUCAUCUCCUCUCCCCGCUGCACGAGGUAGCACAUGCCUUCAGUGGCGGUUCCUUCUCAGACCAGCUUUCCCCAUCAAACCAGCUCUCUCCAGGGAGCCCUUCUGAUGAGCCGCUGUUUCCCCCUGCACGCUCAGCACCUGGGUCCUUCCAUUCUACCCCUCAGCCUGAAGCAUCUUCUGCAGCACCUCCAGCUCCGUCUUCCUCUCUGUUGUCUCUCUUCCAUGACUUGAGCUCUCGUGAAGAGUCCACUCCUGCUCUGCCUGCGACGUACGCGGGGAGGUGUUUACUGAAGGCCUGUUCCGGCUGA